CUCUUCCUUUAACUUCCUUCAACCUUGCUACUUCCUACCCCUUGCAUGCGGUCUUACUUCCCCCACUAACCUUGUCGCAGUUUCUCGUCAGGUUUUCCACAGUACAUAGACAGCGCACCUCUUCCUUCCCGUCUCCCGCCGUCGCAGCAUGCAGCAACCAUGAGCGGACAAGCAGCCAGCUACUACAACACCGAGCAGCGCUUUGACGGCUCUGCGCCUCCGCCGCCGCCGCCGCCGCAGCAGCAGCAGCACUACAACAAUGGCUCCUACGCCCAAGGCCCCGAGUCCCAGCCCUACGCUCCCAACGGAGGACAAGGCUACCAGCGCGGCCCCGAGCCCAAACCCCCGCACGAACCGCAAGAACCGCCACCCACCUACAACCAAGCGGUCUACGGCUUCGACGACGCGUUCAAGGUCGAGAAACCGAAAUGGAAUGACCUGUGGGCUGGACUAUUGCUCGUCGCCGUCUUCCUGGGCUACGUCGCGGUCUCCGGGGUCGUCAUCUACCGAUACAGCAAGUACCACCGCCUGAGCGGCGGGGGCAUCUACGGGGCGGCGAACGACUUCUCGCUGAACACGAACACGGUGAUCCUGCUGGUGUUCGUGCUGGCGGUGGCGCUGGUGCUGUCGUACGGGUACUGGCUGGGGGCGCGCACGGCGCCGCGGCUCUUCAUCUGGGUGACGGGGAUCCUGAACGUGGUGUUCGCGCUGGCGACGGCGAUCUACUACCUGACGCAGCGGCAGUGGGGCGGCGGGAUUGUGUUUCUGGUGUUCGGGGUGUUCGCGAUCGUGUGCUUCGUCAGCUGGAUCCCGCGGAUCCCGUUCACGGCGUUCAUGAUGCAGACGGCCAUCGAGGUGUCGCGGCGGUACGGGCACAUGUUUGUGGUGAGCACGGUGGGCGGGCUGGUGUCGGUGGCGUUCGGGGCGUGGUUCUCGGUGACGCUCGUGUCGAUCUACGUGGCGUAUGAGCCCGGGGGCGGGGGCGAGGGGGAGAGUGUCAACCCCGCGUGCCGCGACGGGGGCGGCGGGUGCAGUCGCGCCCGCGUGAUCGGGCUGGUCGUCUACGUGACGUUCGCGAUGUACUGGUUCAGCGAGUGGCUGAAGAACACGGUGCACACGACGAUCGCGGGGGUGUACGGGUCGUGGUAUUUCUGCAGCGGCACGGCGCAGGGCAUGCCGGCGGGGGCGACGCGGGGCGCGCUGCGGCGCGCGACGACCUACUCGUUCGGCAGCAUCAGUUUUGGGAGUCUGAUCAUCGCGCUGAUCAACAUGCUGCGGCAGGCGUGCAGCGUGGCGCAGCGGCACGAGGCCGCGCAGGGCAGUCUGGUCGGCAGCGUGGCGUUCUGGGUGCUCGGCUGCUUCAUCUCCCUGCUGGACUGGCUGGUCACCUUCUUCAACCGCUACGCCUUCUGCCAUAUCGCGCUGUACGGCAAGGCCUACCUCCCCGCCGCGCGCGACACCUGGUCCAUGAUGAAGGACCGCGGCGUCGACGCCCUCGCCGCCGACUGCCUGAUCGGGCCCGUGCUGACCAUGGGGUCCGUCUUCGUGAGCUACGUGUGCGCUUUGCUCGCGUACCUGUAUCUGCGGUACACGCAUCCGGCCUACAACCAGGACGGGGAUUUCACCGCGGUGAUCAUGGCGUUUGCGUUUGUGAUUGGGCUGCAGAUUUGCCAGAUCUUCAUGACGCCGAUGAGCAGUGGCAUCGAGACGAUCUUCGCGGCCAUGGCCUGGGAUCCGCAGGUCAUGAUCGAGCAGCAUCCGGAUCUGUAUCAGCGGUUGGUGCAGUUGUAUCCGCGGGUGCAGCAGGCGAUUCAUGCGUAGGGGGUUGUUGCCGGGAGGGAAUUGCGGUUCUCGCUUUGGUAGGUGGGUUGGUGUACGAGUAUGCUGUGGUGUGGUUGAAUAGACCUGUGUCUCGAGUCUAGAUCUUGGGAUGCCUGACUGCACGUGUAUACUAGUGUCUAUGCGAGCCCGUUAGAGCUAAUGCUCAGUUGAUGCCAGUGUUAAUGUAAUAUCUAAUCCAAAAA